AAAGACACCGCGCAUGCGCCGUUGCUCGAAGCAUGUUCCAAGAAUUACGCGGGAAAAACUGUAAUUUUUUCAACAUACCAAAGUUUAUAACAAAUGAGUCUUUAUAAAUUAAGGAAAUUAUUUUUAACGCCAAAGAAAUAUUCGCUUAAUCCAAUUAUGAAUCGACAAAAAUGUAUACGAAAUCGUUUCGAUUAAAAUGUUCAGUGAUUUUAUUUGUGAUAAUAAUUGUAUGUUUUUGUGAUUGUGCUAAACGAAACGGUCACACGAAAUUUAAAAGAAAAGUUAAUAAUUGGAGUGUUAUAAAGACAAACAAUUUGAACUCUCGGAAUACGACUACUGUCAACGAAAAACGCGGGUUUUUCGGACACGGUGUAUUCACGCUGGGAAAGGUGUUGAACUUCUUCCCAGUGGGAGGCGAGAGGGAGUGUCAGGCAAGUGGGCAUCACGUAGCUAGAUCUGGUAUCUGCUUGAACCCGUAUGACUGCAGGCAGCGGGACGGGACCGCUUCUGGAGACUGUGCCCACGGGCUGGGAGUGUGUUGUGUUUUUGAGGUGACGUGUGGAGGUACGGUUCAAAACAAUCUCACGUAUUUCUCAUCCCCGGGUUUCCCAGAACUUUGGUCUGGCGAGGAAGACUGCAAAAUUGAGAUCGAAAAGACACACGCCGGCAUCAUGCAGUUGAAAAUUGAUUUCAUACAUUUUACAAUAGGUCAGCCAAAUAGACGGACAGGAGCAUGUGAUGAAGACGCUAUGAUUCUUGGUGAAGGAAGAUCUAAUUUGACUCUGUGUGGGCAGAAUCAUAAACAACAUGUAUACUAUACCCUCUCAAGUGCGGUAGAAACUCGAGAGGAUGGUGAACUUCCAUCCACUCGGUCUACUCCCCUGUUCUUCAGGAUGAGAGGUGGGGAUCACCCUAGGCUGUGGUUGCUACGGAUUGCUCAGAUGCCUCUAGCGUACUCAGCUCCACAUAAUUGCUUGCAGUACCUCACGGAUACCAAUGGUACAAUACGAUCAUUUAAUUUUGCAUCAAACGGUCGUCAUUUAGCAAAUCAAGAGUACAGAUCGUGUAUUCGAAGAAAUACUGGAUUUUGUACCAUUCGAUACUCUCCUUGUGACAGUAGAUCCUUUCGGAUAGGACCGGGAGGCAAUGGACCUGAAGAUUUAAUUGCUGAUCCAGUCCAAAAUGACGAUAUGAUACCAGCUAAUGACCAAAUCCAGGAUGAAGAAGGGUCUGGAGCUGAACCUCAAAUUGCAGAGGCCACAACACCAGCUCCUGGCUUAAUGAAUAGGAUAUGGAGUUAUAUCUGGCCUUCUUGGAUAUGGGGGCAGAGUCGAACCUGGCACUGGUCUCCAUACAUCCAGAACUACGGAGACGAGGUUUUCCCGUAUUAUGGCUAUGGCAACUAUGGCAAAGGCCUUAGCGGGUACGGAAGACAAAAAUGCGGGGACCGAGUUACAAUACCUUGUGAAAACGAGUAUUUUGUUUCGAGUUCAGUAUUCAGUCCGGGAGUGUGUGACCCCCACCACUGUGGGAGCAAUUUCUGUCCCGGGAUGCGUUUUGAGGAUUGCCAUGUCGAAUCUUCAAUAUCCCCUUUUGCAGUAUCCAUGCAUUUUGGACCUCCUACAGUUAAAGAGAAUCCAGAAGAUAAUAUAGGAAUGUGUCUACGAUAUAAACAAAUUCCAUGCAAUUGAUAGUUUGGCAGAACUUGAUCCAAAGAUGUUGGUCUAGGAACAAUUUAUUUGAUACCUCCCAUGCAAUCAUUUUAGAUUAUCAAACUAUUUAUUUUAAUUUAAUAAAUUAACAGCGUUAGGAGCUCUACAUACAUUUUGUAUUUAAGUUUACAUUGUUAAUAUUUUAUGUAUUGUGUGGAAUGUAUCGAAUCUAUAUUCAAGAGAUUUAUAAGACUUUUCAAU